AUGUCAUUUUCAAAUGAAUUACAGAGUGAUGAUAUUUCGGAAGAAUGUGUUGAAUUUUCAUUGUACAAGCAAAAGUACUCAUCUUCUCUAUUAUCAAGAUCAAAAGUAUCAUCAGAAAUAAAUGAACCAUUGUCAUUAUCAUCACAAAAAAUCAUAAGAAGAUAUGUCAAGAAAAAUGUGAAAAAGCCUAAUCAUCAUCAACUGAGAAGUACAUUCAGUGAUAUAGAUUGGACAAAUUCUUACAAUAAAGAAUUCGAUCGUUUAUUCACCAACACAAUAACAUCUAACGAAGAUGUCAUGAUGAAAAUAGAUUAUGUUGAAAAUUGGAUAAAUGUACAACCUAUUAUUAAUCCUAUCACAAAUAUAUCUAAUUCCAAUCAUUUAUUAUCACGUUUAAUCAAUUAUGCUAUUGAUGGACAAUUACGUGUUAGCCAUUUUCGAAGUAUUUGUUGGCGUAUAUUUCUUGAUAUUUUACCAAAUGAUAUCAAUCAAUGGUCAAAACAAUUAAAAAAAGAUAGAGAAUAUUUUACAAUGUUAAAUUGUCAAAUUAAUAUUAAUCCACAUACGAAUUAUAUCAAAUCAGAUGAUCAUCCAUUAUCAGAUAGUAGGACAAGUUUAUGGAAUAAAUAUUUUUAUUCAUUAAAAGUAAAACGUUCUAUAGCAAAAGAUGUUUGUAGAACAUUUCCAAAUGUGGAAUAUUUUCAUAAUCAAAAUAUCCAUAAUAUUAUGAUUGAUUUACUAUAUAUUUAUACAGAAAAUGAAAAUAUAUCUUAUCAACAAGGUAUGCAUGAAAUUUUAGCACCUUUAUUAUUUGUUUUACAUUGUGAUCUAACUGCAUUUGAACAUGUUGUAGAAAUGAAAAUUAUAUCAUCUGAUUUAUGGAAUCAUUUAAAAUAUAUUAUGAAUAAAGAAUAUUUUCAAGCUGAUGUUUACAUAAUGUUUGCAAAAAUUAUGAAUUCCGUAAAAAAUUGGUAUCCUCAAAUAAAAUUAUCAAAUAAUAUUAAUAUUAAUAAUAAUAAUGACAAAAGAAUCAGAAGACGUACAGUUAUAGGAUUACCGACAACAAUAACAGCUUUAAAAUCACAAACAAGUUCAAACAAACAGCAAAAUUCAAACUCUAAUAGUCAAGGACAAACCCAAUUGAUGGUUACCAAUAAGAUGCAAAAGAAUAUUACAAAUAAUAAAAAUCGUAAUGAUUGUAAAUAUUUUAAAAUUUACUAUGGUGAUGAUAGUGAUGAAUCCAGUGGAACGGAUCAUGAAGAAAUAGAAAAUAACAGUUGGGAAGUCAUAGAAAAAUAUGAACAGAAUAAAGAUGAAUCAAAACAAUGUGACUAUGGAAAUCAAUACACAUUCCAUUUUGAUCAAGAAGAACAUGUUAAGCAUAAUUGUUCAGGUGAUUGUUUUGUAGAACAAAUACAUCAACAAUUAUUACUGAGACACAACCCAUUAUUAUAUGCCCAUUUAAGAAGAUUGGAAAUAUCACCAAAACUAUUUGGUUUAAAAUGGAUACGUUUAUUAUUUGGUCAUGAAUUCCCCUUGCAAGAUUUAUUAUAUAUCUGGGAUUGCAUAUUUGCCAUAAAUAAUAAUUUAGCAUUUGUUCCUUAUAUGUAUUUAAGUAUGCUGUUGCGUUUAGCACCAUCAUUAAUAAAAUAUGAGUUUACAGAAUGUUUAACACUAUUAAUGAACUAUCCAACUGAUAUAGAUGUGACGUGUUUAAUCCAUUCGGCGUUACAUUUUUAUAAACCACAUUUAUAUAACAAAUCAUUAAAUGUUCAAGAUUACUAUUCUAUCUGUGACAACAUUACUAUUGAUGAUGAUAAUGACAAUAAGAAUGAUAAUGCUGCAAACAGUAAAACCAAUGAUAUAUCCAUUAAUACUAGUUGUAGCAGCAAUGAUAUGAAUACUACGAAUUAUGACGAAAAGGAUAGUGAUAUUGAGAAUAUUGACAAAACAAACAAUAGUAUCAAUAGAUAUAAUGCUAGUAAUAAUUACGCUAAAAGAAAUACAAUAUCAUAUCUUCCAUAUUUAAGCGAUAAAAUAAAAUCUAAAUUCAAGAAUACACUUUUUAGAAAUCUUUCCAAAAAUUAUCCGAAAACAACAAAUAUGAAUAAUCUUAUUACUAUUACUAACCUUAUAAGACGAAGUAUGACAUUUAAAAAUAGUAAACAAUUGAUGAGUAUACCAAGAGGCAGAUCAUUAGCCAAUUUUCCAUAUCUAAAAAAAUCACUACAGAUCAAGUGGAAUGAAGAAAAUAUUCAACUUUCAAAUAUUAUGACAUCAACUGAAAAUACAAAUAAUAGUGAUAAUAAUAACAAUAAUAGAACAGUUCAAUCAAGCUACAACCUCAUGUCUUUAAAUGUUGAAGACAUCGAAGAUAAUAAUGACAGUGAUGGCAGUAAGGCUUCCUUAUUUUAAUGAAUUAAAAGCUGAUCAUAAACACUCUACAACUUAGACAUGGAAACAUCUAUCUACAACAAAACUAGGUUACUCUUCACUUGUCAAUUAAAAGGUUAUUUGGAACUGAACAAAAUAUCAAUAAUGAAAAUUGUAUGGAUCGAACAAUGAUGAUUCGGCAGAAUUUACAGAUCAAAAAUCCAGUUGAACAAAAAAAUCAAUGAAAUAAAACUACACUGUUAUCCAAUAACACCACUAUCUCAACCAGUUAAUUCUCUCAGUUAUCAAGAUAAUGA